UUCAAAACGACUUGGUCUUUGGUCCUCCUCUCACUCUCCUUUCUCUGUCUAGCUUCCUUCUCUGCAAACCGCGUUUCUUUCUUUUCUAAAUUCUCACCCCCUUAAAAAUCCCCUCAAAACAGCCAUCAUCUACCACCACCGCCCCCCACCAUGAUAUUAUCAAUUCUUGCUACCCAUUUCUAUGGCUUUUCUUUUUCUUCGUACUAUUCUUUCUCUUCUACUCUUUUUGUCUUCUUUUCCUUCUAUUCUUUCACUCUCUACUGUUGCUAUUUCUGAAACUUCCAACCAUACAUUGAUUUGUGCUUUGGGGAGAACUAGUAGUCGUCAAACUUUUCUUAAUUGUUCUAGUUUUCCUGCUGGGAUUCAGAUUCCUGUAUUGAAUAAUUCAAGCUUUUCUUAUUCCGGGAUUGUUGCUGGAGAUGGGUUUGUCAGCGCUUUAAUGUCUUUGUCUUCCUCUUCCAAUUCAACUAUCGUUUCCUGGAGAUUCUCUAGUAAUGGUAGUAUUACGGGUUAUAAGAGAAUCUAUGAAGGUCCUGCUUUCAGAGUGCUUGAAGCUGGUAAUUCCCUUACAUGUGGUAUUGUUGAUGCCACCAAUCGCCUAGAGUGCUGGCCAAGGCGGAAAUUCAAGUCUAUCUCUGCUCAUGCUCAGAAUUUGAACUUUUCCAGUAUUGCAGUAGGUGAAGACUUCGUUUGUGGAUUAUUAAGAAUUGGUAAUAUUAAUUGCUUCGGAAACAAUCCUCUUGUCAAUGGCUCUCACGAAGGGAAUUUUAGCAUGAUUGCUGCUGGGUUCCGGCAUGCCUGUGCUCUAACUUUUGAUUACGAAUUGCAAUGUUGGGGAGAGAGCGAACCACCACGAGAUAAGUUCAAAUUGUUGGCAUUAGGAGAGAACCGUAGCUGCGGUUUGCGGCUUAAUGAUACAGUAGUUUGUUGGGGGCAGAACAAUUUCAGCUUGCAAGAAAGUUUGAAAGAUAGUUAUUUUGUCAAUAUUGAAGCUAAGAGGAACAUUUUCUGUGGAGUUCGGAAAGAGAAUUAUUCCCUGGUUUGUUGGGGUAAUGAGAUAUUGGACUCUAACUUAACGGUGUUUGAUGAAGUAAUCCCAGGACCAUGUACAAAUAGCUGUCAAAAUACACAUGCUAUGUUAGCAGGAUCAGGCAAGUUUUGCCCCCAAGGAUUUUUUAUUUGUCAUGAUAAUACUAAUACCAUUACUCCACCGCCACCAACCGUGCCACCACCACCGGCUCAACCAUUAGCACCAUGUCGGCCGCCAUCGACGCCUCCAGGGGGAUCAACAAGUAGUGAAUGGAGUAACAAGAUGAUAGCUUUCCUAGUAGUGGGCUGUGUGGGAUCCACUGUUUUGUUGCUAGCCGCUGGCUUCUUUGUCCUCAGAUACUGCAAGUGCAGAGGAUGUCGAGUCCAUGAUUCAGGGCGGUUGGAUGAGACCGGAGCACCCCUCGAACAGGGUACAGGACAACAACAGCAGCAACACCCACAAAUCGAACAAGCACCACCACCACCUGUUCUGGAGAAGCGUCUUAGCCAAUUGGCCAGCAUGGGAAAUGCAGGUCAUUUAGAAGAAUUCCCAUUGCAACUGCUACUUCAAGCCACGAACAACUUCUCCGAGGAUCACAAAGUUGGAACAGGAAGCUUCGGUUCAGUCUAUCGCGGCACGUUAGAGGAUGGCCGAGAAGUAGCAAUCAAACGAGCAGAAACAUCAAGCACUAGUUCCUACGCAAUAGGAACCAGGCGUCAAGAAGACAAAGACAAUGCAUUCAUUAACGAACUCGAAUCCUUAUCCCGUCUUCAUCACAAGAAUCUCAUCCGAUUACUAGGCUUCUGCGAAGAUUGUAACGAAAGGGUAUUAGUCUACGAGUACCUAAGCAAUGGCACCCUCCAUGAUCAUCUCCACAAGCUCCAAAGCUCACCAUUAAUGUCAUGGACUGCAAGAAUCAAAGUAGCACUAGACGCAGCCAGGGGAAUCGAGUACCUGCACGAGUACGCAGUACCACCAGUCAUUCACCGAGACAUAAAAUCAUCUAACAUACUUCUGGACUCAUCCUGGAACGCCAAGGUCUCAGAUUUCGGACUAUCGCUGAUGGGUCCUGAUGACGAAGAAUCCCACCUGUCCCUUCGAGCAGCAGGCACAGUAGGAUACAUGGACCCAGAGUACUACAGGCUGCAACAGCUGACCACAAAGAGCGACGUGUACAGCUUCGGAAUAGUGUUGCUAGAGCUAUUAUCAGGAAUCAAAGCAAUACACAAGAACGAGAAUGGAACGCCAAGAAAUGUGGUGGAUUUUGUAGUACCAUUCAUUGUACAUGAUGAAAUACACAGAGCCUUGGACUCGAGAGUUCCACCGCCAACGCCGUUUGAAAUAGAGGCUGUGGCGUAUGUAGGAUAUUUGGCGGCAGAUUGCGUGACGCUAGAUGGCCGAGAUCGGCCGCCGAUGACCGAAAUUGUAAAUAGCUUGGAAAGAGCAUUGGCUGCGUGUUUGGUGCACCCCACCUCGCUUUCGCGGUCCACGACCGGGUCCUCCACAUAGCCCCAAGUGGGAGAAAGCACCAGCGCACACGUGCCAGGAACUAGUCUAAUUUUUUUGUAUAAACCAUUUUUUUUUUUAAAUUUCCCACCAUAAAUUUUUUUUUUUUUUUGUAAUUUUUGAUUUUUGGUCCAAAAUGUGCAUGAUUGUGUGACUAACAGACAAAAAAAAAAAAAGGAGUUGAUUAUGGUUCACAGCUCAUGAAAUUUUGUACGUUUAGUUUUGAAGGAUUCAUUGAAAUUGAGAGGUCAAAUGGGAGGAAAUUGAAUUUUGGAAUUGAAAAAUCAAUGGGAAAGUAAUCGGAAUUAGGAAGGAAA